AUGAUAUGCCUUUUAGCUGCCAGGUGUGUUAACAUGUGGGAUGAAGGCUGUAUCAACGGUCAGCUUCCUGGAUCAGGUCGCGAUGACGAUUACAUAAAUGGUGGUUUUAACCCCGGUAAGCGGUGUAUCAACAUGUGGGACGAAGGGUGCACGAACGGACAACUUCCCGGUUCAGGUCGCGAUGAUGACUAUAUAAAUGGAGGUUUCAACCCUGGCAAACGAUGCAUUGGAGAAGGAUGCGAUAAUAGCUGGCUAGGAAGUUCAGGAAGCAAUGGACAUCGCAACAAUCAAUUAGAUGGACUUAGAAUUACCAACGAAUUACUGGCAAGACUGUAUAAAAAUAGACAUCAUUGAUUUGUCUUUCUGAUUGAUGUUACAAAAUUAGUACAUACUUUUUCAUCAAGCUUUUUUUUUACUGCUCAUUAAUGAUUACUAAAAUUAUUUCUAUAAUUUUUCAUUCAUAUAGAUACGUAUAUCUGUUUUGUCUAUUCAGAGCUGUGUGACCUUGGC